AUGGACAACUGGCCCAAUUAUUUAGCUUAUGCCGUUCACAUGUAUAAUUCUACUCCCAGUAUUUUCAACACAACUCCAUAUUACCUUGCAAUUGGUCGAACAAGUGUCUUAAAUGAAUUUGCUAAAAAGAUGCUUGAACAAUAUACAACUGAAACCAUUCAACGUCCGAUGCGAGAAGAGGAUGGCGCUGAUGAACACGACGCUUUUACAAUGAGACUCUACGAACUUGAUAUGAUGAAGAAAGACAGAGAUGUCCAUAAUGAUUUGAAGAGAAGAAGAAGACAAAUUGUAAACCUAUUAAAAAAACCAUUCGGUAUUCCCGCUGGUUAUUCAAAAGGAGAUUGGGUAUUCAAGAAAAAAAGAAAAUCGAAGAAAACCGAUCCAGAAUAUGACGGUCCUUACCAGAUUAUGAAAGUUAUCGAAAAAGGAGCUUAUCAACUUAGAAAUAUUAAUGGAAGAAUCGAGAAAGGAACUUAUAAUCAAGAUAUGUUAAAGCCAAGUUUUACUUAUGAAGAUAGUCCAAUUCAUGCUGCUACUUUAUUGAAGAAUGGAUUGAGAGAGGCUGAGAGAAAACUUGUGAAUAAGAUGGUAGAUGAAAUUAACAACCAAACCCAGGGAGAGAAAGGGGAUGCUGUUGUUUCUUAG